AGCAAUUCUUAAAAACUCAAAGUGUAAUUAUUCUUCUCUCCCCUAUUCUUAGCGCACAUGGUUUGUCCCUCCCAGAAGCCUUCAGUUUGUAACAACAUGGCGGCGCCCGGCAGGCACGUAGGGCAUUAUAUCCACAGAAACAGCCGAUUUUUGUUAAAUAAUUUCGAGCAGGUGUGGGGUCACAGGAGUUUUGGUUGGACCUCAGCUGUGCGCCAACAAGCUGCAGAGGCCAAUAAAGAAUCUACAGAGACUGUUGUCAUCCCCAGGAAGAAAACAUGGAGCAAGGAGGCGGUGCUGGAGGCUCUGGCUUCAACUGUCAGCAGGGAUCCCACAGCAUAUUCCUACCAGUUCCAGGAUGAUCCUUACCUCUCUCCAAGGACAUCAAAUGAGUUUAAGUUGUUCUCUCUCUCUCAGGAGUCUGGCAGAGCUGCAGCCAAAUAUUUUAUCAACAGCAAUCCUAAGUUCUUCACCAAAGACGUUGCUGAGCCACAUAUACCAUGUCUGAUGCCAGAGACCGUGUUGCCGCUUCUUGAGGAGGUGAGCGAGGAGGCUCUGAAGGAGCGAAUCAACCUGAGGAAAGUUACAGCUGCUGUUGACAUGUAUGACCAACUCCUGCAAGCUGGCACAGCAGUCUCUAUGGAAACGACCCAUGACCUGUUAGACCUGAUCUGUCUCUACUGUGACAAAGACCCUGUCCAGGAGGGAGAACCACAGACAGAGGACACGGAGGAGUCAGGAGAGGAGGUGAAGAGAAAGACAGCGAGGCUGAGUCGGGCUACAGACCUGCUGAAGGCGACUUGGAGAGAGAACAACAACGCAGAGAGGAUCUUUAACCUGCUGCCAGAGAGAGACACACGGUGUUACUCCGCUCUGAUCCAAGGCAUGGUGAUGCAUGGAGCCUUUGCAAAGGCCUUCAGCAUGUUCACAGACAUGCUAAACAACAGACUGACUGCUGACGUCCACAUCUUCAACGCUCUGAUUUUGGCAGCUCCAGAUGUCAGAGAAAACAAUGAAAAAUGGGACCUCAUCGCUGAGCUGCUGAACCAGAUGAGGCAACAGAAAAUUCAACCCAACCUGCUCACCUUCAACAGCGUUCUUAGAGCUCUCAGACGCUGCGGCUUUGUGGCCAAAACACACGCUCUGCACACUCUGAAUGAGAUGAGGGCUUUGGGAAUAGCUCCGAGCCUGGCCUCCUUCCAUCACCUCCUGGCAAUCUUUUGCAAAUCAGCACCCCCUAGCAGGGGCAGCACUGACAUGUUACAGGAAGUCAUGUCAGAGAUUAAAGAAACCAGCUUUACCUGCCAGGACCCCAAUGAUGUUCAAUUCUUCUCAAACGCAAUGAAAAUAUGUCUGGACUGUAAAGACCUGGAUCUGGGUUAUAAGGUCCACAGUCUAGUGGAAACAGGGGAGAACUGGAGGCUUCUGGGAGAUCAGUACCAAAGGAAUAUUUACUACGGUCGCUUCUUCAGCCUGCUCUGUAUGAUGGAGCACAUUGACGGGGUGUUGAAGUGGUACAGACAGCACAUUCCCUCGUUGUUCUACUCAAACAGUCACGGACUGAGGGAACUGCUGCAGGCUCUGGACACCGACAGCCGUCUGGACUUGCUGCCCACAAUAUGGAAAGAUAUCUGCUCUCUGGGUCAUGAUAAUAAGUCCAACCUGGUGGACGAGCUGCUCACACUGAUGGCCAGAGACACGCACAGCCCUGAGGUUCAGGAGUCUUUUGCAAAGUGUGCUUUGGAUGUGAAGAGUGUGUUUGACGUCGACAGAGGGAGGAACAGGCUGGAGUGGAGCAACUCCUCCCUCUCAAACAUCACCUCCCUGCUGCUGAGAGCCAACAAUACCAAGGAGGCCUGGGAGAUGCUGAACCUCUUCAAAUCCAAGAAUAGAGUUCCUAAUGAGGGCCUGUUCGAGGAGUUCCUGUCAGUGUGUCGCAACAACGGCUCCCCAGAGGAAGCAGUGGAGCUGGUUCAGAUGUCCGCAGCCUAUUGUCUGUCUGCAACACCAAGACUGGCAAAGCAAGCGCUGGCUGAGUUUAAUCUGACCGAGGAACAAAGAGCUGUUUUAUCUGAGCUGGAGUCUGCAGAACAGCCCUCUGAGUGAAGAAAACAACAGCAGGUGAACCGCUAUGAUGCAGACCCAUCGAUACAGAAAAAUCUCAAAUUCAUAUAGUUUACUUGUUUCGUUAUCAGUGUAAUAAAAAUGUAUGUCCCAUAAAUAAAAUAUAAACCUCUUGUAA